AACUACGCCAUUUCAGUCAUUUCACUUUACAUAGUCGGGACGAGUACGACGGCGUUCCCUUUUCGUCGGUCGCGAUAACGUAAACAAAAUAUUUUAUUUUAUUAUUUUUAUCCGGCUUCCUGUAAAACAAAACCGAGUACCAUCAACUCGCAGCGUCUCUGUCAUUUGCACGUACCUGCAUCUCGCACGCCGGCUUAACAUCACACUCGAUCAUCACAUCAAGCAUCGUGCGGCGGCGGCGGCUACAACUAUCACCACGACCACGGACUCCGGCACGACAAUAAUCACGACACACACACCGCGCACGCCGAAACAAUGACAGACAGUGAUAAAUUGAACAUCGACAACAUAAUUUCGAGACUCUUGGAAGUGCGCGGUGCGAGACCAGGCAAGAACGUUCAGCUCUCUGAAGGUGAAAUUCGGGGCCUGUGCCUCAAGUCCAGGGAGAUUUUCCUAUCGCAACCUAUACUAUUGGAACUCGAGGCACCGUUGAAAAUAUGUGGGGAUAUUCACGGUCAAUAUUAUGAUCUACUGCGUUUAUUUGAGUAUGGCAGUUUUCCCCCAGAGUCAAAUUACUUAUUUUUGGGUGAUUAUGUCGACCGUGGUAAACAGUCUCUGGAAACGAUUUGUCUGUUGUUGGCAUAUAAAAUAAAAUACCCCGAAAAUUUCUUCCUUUUACGUGGCAAUCAUGAAUGCGCUAGUAUAAACAGAAUAUAUGGAUUUUAUGAUGAAUGUAAACGGCGGUAUAAUAUAAAGCUCUGGAAAAUAUUUACGGAUUGUUUUAAUUGUUUGCCUGUGGCAGCAAUUGUUGACGAAAAAAUUUUUUGUUGUCAUGGUGGUCUUAGUCCUGAUUUGCAAUCAAUGGAACAAAUUAGGCGAAUUAUGAGGCCAACAGAUGUUCCUGAUCAGGGACUAUUAUGCGACUUGCUCUGGUCUGAUCCUGACAAAGAUACAAUGGGCUGGGGAGAAAAUGACAGAGGUGUUUCGUUUACAUUUGGUGCUGAGGUUGUGACUAAAUUUUUGCAUAAACAUGAUUUCGAUCUUAUAUGUAGAGCUCACCAGGUUGUAGAGGAUGGUUAUGAGUUCUUUGCAAAGCGUCAGUUGGUCACUUUAUUUUCAGCACCAAAUUAUUGUGGAGAGUUUGACAAUGCUGGAGCAAUGAUGUCUGUUGAUGAAACUCUAAUGUGCUCAUUCCAGAUCUUAAAGACUGAUAGAUUCAAAUACUGGAGACGCAUAAAAUUCUAUGAUGCUAAUGCAUCUUUUCCGUUGUCUAAUUAGUAAGUCUCAAUGGGCAAUCUUUUAAUCCUUUUCCUUUAGUUGUUCAUAUUUUUUUUCUUAUUGACCUAAUUUUUUAACUGCACGAAUGAUAAGAGCAGUCCCGAGUCAUCUGAGUAUGCCAAAUCCUACCUUUUAUUAUUAAUUUAAAUGUUUAAUUAACAUAUUCAUACAUAGUUCUGUUUAAAACCUGGUAUUAAUUAAUAAAGUUAUCUAUAAAAUUAGCAUGAUUAGUGUUAAUUGUUGUUUAUUUGGUAUGUGGUUAUUGAAGUGUUAAGAAAUAUUUGCUUGUUAAAUUCACUAUUUGCAUAAUGUUGGAAAUUGGCCCGUUCACAAAAAAAAAAAAAUGUAUAAUUCAGUUGUAAAUAUGUAUAAAAAAAAUAAAAUUAGGGUGUACUGUGUAUGGUGUAUGUGUAUGAUUACUUACUAGUUUAUUAAAAAAGAAUUAUAUCAUAAAUGAUCUAGCAAGAGGUAUGUUUUUGAAAAAAAUUAUCACACAUGUAAUUUAGAACCAUUUUAUAUUAAUUGUUUUUAUUUAUAACAUUAACUAGUAUAUUUCUGUUAUUUCAUUUUUGUCGAGUCAUUCUUGUAGACGAAUAAAAAAAGUGUCUAUACUCCUUUCAAGCAUGAUAAGUGAAAUCUUUUCAAUUUCUUGUGUUUUAUUUUUGGCAAGAUUUUUAAGAGUAUAUGGUUUGCUAAUGUAAUCUUGAGGUAAUAGCCAAUAUGUAUUCUUAAAAAGUGGUUACUAGGUAAGUGAUAGGUCAAUGUGAAGAUGCAAUGAAAUCAGGUGUCCUAGAAAAUGCUGUAUUUAAAAAGCCAUUGUUUUCUUUAUGUGUGGUGUUGAUAUGGUAUCCAUUGACAAGUAGAUAUCAACCAUUUUGAAAAUAAUGUAACCUCUAAGUAUUGAUAGCAGUCAUUUCAAAAACAUCAUAUCCUUUAGCGGGGCCCUUAUUUAUUUUUAUUAUAUCAUAAAGAUACCAUAGUUGCCCUCAGAAUUCUUUCAUGGUAUAAAUAAAAUUAAGUAUUUAUUUUUUAGCCACUAGAAAAUUAAAUUUUUUUCAUUUAGUUACAUUGAUAUGGACUUGCCCAGUCUUAUUAUCACUUAUCAUUAAAGGGUAUAUCCAGACUUCUCAAAUCUCAGUAUUAACUGUUAUUUGAUCAAAUGAUUGUUUUCUUUAAUUUGUAUAAAUAUUGUAUUAUUAUGUACUAUGGUAACAUAUAAUGUUUCCAGGUAAAAAAUUUAAACUGUAUAUUGUUAAAACAUCUAAUUCUUCAGAUGUUUUAAUAAUUACAGAUAUUAACUGUUGUAUUUUAAUUUAAUUUAAAAUUUAUUUUUAUAUACAUUUUGGGAGCAAUUGAAAAUUGGUAUUUUUUAAUUCUGAGUAAAUAAAUUUAUAUUAUUUUAUUCAUUAAAGUAGGUACCCUUCGUAAUAUAAUUACUAAUUAAUAUAAGGUAUAGUCUUAAUCAUUAAACUUAUAAGUAUGAUGAGUCCAUUUGGUUACUUAUAAUGAGAGUCAGUCCAUAAACAAAGUGAUAUUAACCAAAUUUGCAGCGCUUGUACCUUCAAGGUAACCAAUCUCGGGAUCUUGACACAGUUAUGAUAACUUAUUCCACCCAUUUUUGAACUUGCUAACUAAACUAAAUUAUUCUUUUUUAAAUAUUUUGUAUAGUAUUAAGUGUUAAUUUAACAUACAAAAAAGUAUUGAAAUAACAACCAACUAGUUAUUAGCAUUAUAGUCCUAUUGAUUGUUUAAAAUAAAUAUUUUUCUAGCCGGCCGACAAACGAAAGUACAUGUAUGGAGGAUUAUCAUCAGGCAGACCAGUUACACCACCCAGAGGAUCUGGUAAACAAGGAAAAAACAAAAAAUAA